GAAAUCUAGAUUUAAAAUAAAUGGAAUUUUUUAAAGAUAGAAUAAUAAUUUUUGCGUCAUCCUCAAGGCUGUUAAUUUUAAUUUUGCAGGUUGUUGCUAACAGUUUGUUGCCGGACCAUGACGCAGGUGUUUUUUCCCCACCCACGGACAAAAACUCAUUCACUUGGUUAGACCAUAUGGUACAUUUUUUCUUUGGUGGCCUGCACAGAUGGGACGCUGUCUACUUCACCCACAUCAUGCAAUAUGGAUAUUCUUAUGAAAACUGUGCUGCAUUUUUUCCAUGUUUUCCUAUUGUGGUUUCAACCUUGGCUAGAAUUUUAUCAACUUUAGGAAUUUUGCAUUUGAGCUCUUGGUUACUUGUGACUGGUGUAGUGUUAAAUUAUUUUGUAUUUGUAGCCACAGUCUUUCUAUUGUUUCAAUUGGGAAAAUCUAUCCUAAGAGAUGAGGAAGUGUCUUAUUACGCUUGUUUAUUCUUUUGUAUUAACCCAGCCAGCAUUUUUAUGUCAGCCAUAUAUUCAGAAACUUUAUUUGCAUUUUUCAACAUACUUGCAAUGCUUGAAUUACACAGGAAGAGAAUUUACUGGGCAUCUCUAUAUUUUGGACUUGCAGUUUUUACCAGAUCAAAUGGAAUUGUCAGCAUUGGAUUUGUUCUGCACACUGUUAUCAAGUCCUUGUUGAAUGACUUGUAUUUCAAUCAUAAAACAUCUCAUAGAGAGAGAAAACUAAAUCAAGCUUUUAAUUAUUUGUUAUUGCUUAAGAAAACUGCUGUAGAACUUGGCAUAAGUCUUUCAAUAUGUUUUCUUCCAUUCUGUUUGUACCAGUAUUACAUCUACCGUCAGUUUUGUUUACAAUCUGAUAAAUUAAACUUCCUCCCAACCUAUAUAGUGGAUUAUGGCAGAGACCAGGGGUACAAACUGAUUGGGGACCAGCCAUCUCCAUGGUGUAAUGCUACACUACCACUGUCAUACUCUUAUAUCCAGAAGCACCACUGGAAUGUUGGGUUCUUGUCAUACUAUGAACUGAAGCAGUUACCAAACUUCAUGUUGGCCUUGCCCAUCAUCAUACUUUCUGUGAGAUCUUGUUUAUAUUUCUUUGGAUUAAAUAAAAAACUGUUCUAUGGUUUGGGCUUUUGUGACAAGGUAGAGGGGGAUCAAUCAGUCAGCAGGCCAGGGGAGGUAAUCAAUGAAGAUUGUGUGAACACAACUGUAUACACCAGAGUCAAAGAUAAACAAAAGAUGGCCAGGGAUUCUCACUCUGAUAUCAAAGUAUCAUCAGAGAUUGUUGUGCUUGUGUUUCAUUUGGCAAGUCUGCUUUUGUUUGGCUGUUUCUUUAUGCAUAUACAGGUUUUGACGAGGUUGCUGUGUUCAUCCAGUCCCCUGCUGUACUGGUAUGUGAGUGUCUUAUACCUGGGAACCAGUGGCCACCGCACCACAGAGGGGACCUCAGUAAACUGUGAUAGUAACAUUCACCAGAAUAAAACAGGCUUUAAUCUUCCUCGUGCCAUUGUUUAUAUAUUGAGAGCAUUUAAGCUUAAUUUUAUAAUCAUUGUUUUCAACAAAUGGCAUUCUAGUUUACUGGAAUUUAAAUGUUAUUAUAUUUAUUUUCUCACCUAUUGUGUUGUUGGUACUGUUAUGUUUUCAAAUUUUCUCCCUUGGACCUGAACUAAGUUCUGACACAAUGUGCUGCUGAUCUACGUUGUAAUUUAAUGGAGCUGAU